CGACCGCCGUUGAAAUUUGGCCACCUCCAUCUAAAUAUAUUAUUAUAAAUAUAUGACCCAUCGCCAUCUAAAACAGGCCGUACCCGGUUAAUAUCCAUAAUUAAUAAGUAUUAUUAGUUUUUUUUUUUUUUUUUUUUUUUUUUUUGAAAGCCGAAGGUAGGGUAUACGACCAACCAACCAAUCAUGGGUGCGGGGGCUCUGUUUGAUCUGGAAGAGCAAUUCGGGUUCUAUGGGGCCUAUCAUACUCAUCCGAUGAAUCUCGUUAUCCAUGUCAUCUUCGUCUGGCCUCUUCUUUUCUCUAUCCUUGUCUUUUGUGCUUACUCUCCUCCGUUCGUUUCUACUCCGCCUCUCCCCUUUUGCCCGUUCAGUGGUACUGAACAGUACGUCAUCUUCAAUUUGGCUUUCGUCUUGGCUUUGCUGUAUGCCACUUGCUACCUCCUCCUCGACAAGAAGGGGGGAUGGGUUGCAUUGCUGCUGUUAAUUGGCUGCUGGCUUGGCGCGAAUGGCUUCGUAUCCGCCUUGGGUCGGAAUCUGGCGUGGAAGGUGGCGUUGGCGAUUCAGAUCAUUGGAUGGGCUUCACAGUUUUUUGGCCAUUUUGCCUUCGAGGGUCGAAGGCCGGCAUUGUUCGACAACUUAGUACAGGCACUUCUCACGGCGCCCUACUUCGUUUUGCUGGAGGUCAUGCAGAAAUUUUUCGGUUAUGAGCCAAACCCUGGUUUCCACCAGAGAAUGCAGCUCAAGAUCAAACAGAACAUCGACGAACAUGAAAUGAAGAAGGAAAUGUAAGCGACUGAAGCCUCAGGUUGAUCUCUUGAGCUUCUAAAGCAGUUUGGCGGUUCACAGCCAGCCCCCAAGCUAGGUCUUCAUGCAUGUCGGAGGACGUGUUCGGUGGGUGGUUGAUGACACACGGUAAACUAAAAACGGCGUGAGAAUACGGUUGUUUACAUGCAUCCGCCAGUGUCGGAACACAACCAUUCAGAGAGCAUGUUCAUCCAAACGGUCGAAUUCCGAGAUUGGCGGCUCACUGUGUUGUGUGGCCACAAGCUCGAUCUUUGCGGAUGUCUGAGAACAUGUGGUCGGUUGAUGGUCCAUGACACGCGUCAGCAAGAAAGAGAAGGGUGAUAAUACUCUUCAUUCGAACAGCUGUGCAUGAUGCCAUUGCUUCUUGUCUGCAGGUUGAUCGUGUGAACUUCCGAAGCACUGGUGGUUGCGGCGCCACAGGCUAGAUCUUCAUCGACGUUCCGGGUCGGGGCAUGGUCGGUGGCAGACUUAUUUCCUGUCUGCAAAUCAACCAAUCGUCGAAACUUCUCUUCUGAGUCUUUCUGAUCUUGGUCUUUCUGAUCUUGUCCAUAGCAAUCCAGUGCUGUACAUAUAUAUAACUUGUUAAAAGUGUUGUUGUUUUUUCCUUUUUCUUUUUCUUUUCUUUUGUUUCAUCUAAGUCUUAAUUGGCAACUCCAGAUAUUUAAUAGUUACUAGUUAAGUAACCCAGUCGUGCCAGUCUUGUACAGUUAGUAUUAAGCUACACAGUGUUCUUUAGUAACCCAGUGUUAUUAAGUAGUAAAUUUUAGUUGGGUAC